CCAGCGACACCAGCAGCCGUGAGUAACAGCAACGUCGCGUCCGCGCCUUUAUACCUUUGUUCUUCGGUCUCAACAAGAUCAACUCCUCCAGGCUCUUACGCUACCACGAUUGAAGUCCUAGGACAACGACUGAAGAAGGCGCUGGUGCGUGAAGUUUUGCAGCCUCUACCCUUGUGUCUAUCGAUACUCUUUUCGCCGCUGCUUUCGGUUUGCCCAUGACAAUAUGCAGCGGUGCGUAUUUCCUGGUACAGAAUAGCAACCUAUCUGACUCCAUCAUUCCUGUAAUUUGCCUCGCCAACGGUGCUCCGGCGGUGCCAUUCUUCGUUGGGUGGGACAAUUUCGAGUGGCAUGACACGAGCUGGCUUAUCCUCGAUCCUUCGCUACUCCUCUCUAUCACUCUGUCCUUUGGGAGAGUUUACUUUCGCACCGGCCAAAAGUAUCGAUCUCGCGUGGGACCUUAUCGUAGCUAGGAUGGGGCAAACGUUGCUUAUUCUUGCCGUCUACCCUGUGGUUCGCCGCUCUUGAACUUGCCUUAUGGAACAGCAGCCCUUGAGAAUUCCGCUGUACUCUUGUCUUGCUU